CUGUUGACUCCGGUGUGUUUUAGGCUCGCGGACGCGUCUCGCAGCUGCAGAUGCUGAGGAGAAGCGGAUCAGAACGGAAACCCACCGACUCACCGAACCCGACGGAGCGGCGCUGACACACAGCGGCAGCAUGUCAGUCAGAACACAGCUGGGCCUGUUACUGUGGAAGAACUACACCUACAGACGCAGACAGACGCUUCAGCUCUUUGUGGAGAUCAUCUGGCCGCUCCUCAUCUUCUUCAUCCUCAUCGCUGUGCGGCUCAACUAUCCUCCGUACGAGCAGCAUGAGUGUCACUUUCCCAACAAGGCGAUGCCGUCGGCCGGCACGUUGCCGUGGUUACAGGGGAUCCUCUGCAACGCCAACAACCCGUGUUUCCGCAGUCACACGCCGGGCGAGUCGCCGGGCGUCGUCGGAAACUUCAACGACUCCAUAAUCUCUCGUCUGUUUUCGGACGCUAAGAAGAUUCUUCUGUACAGUCAGAACGAUAAAAACCUGGAAGGCUUCAAGGAGCUCGCUAAGGCUCUGCAGGCGCUCCAGAGCAGCCAAUCAGGCUUCAAGCUGAAACACUUCCUGCGUGACAACGAGACUCUGAGCAGCUUCCUGUAAGACGCCACGCUGCCUGAACACAGCGUGCAGCAGAUCAUCGAUGCCGACGUUCACCUGGAGAAGGUCCUGCUCAAAGGGUUCGGGGCCCACCUGAGGGACAUGUGUCCCAGGAAGGGGGGCCAGCGCAGCGUAGACGACUUCGUGACGAUCUCGGACCCUCAGGUGUCGAUGCUGGUACAGGAAGUCCUCUGUCGGGCGCCGCCCAUCUGGCUCAACCACGCAGAGGAGCACUUCCUGUCCAACCUGGACUUCCUCAAACCGAUCCGGAGGGAUGUGAAGGCCGAUCCCGAGGCCGUCAAACAGGUCGCCCUGGCAACCAACAGCCUCCUGGACAGUCUGGGCUCGCUGGCCGUCGAGCUGGCAGGUAUGAAGAGUUGGAUCGACCUGAGGAACGAGAUCCUGUUCCUGACCCAGAACGCCACGUCGUCUCCCAGCACCAUGUACCAGGCCGUGUCCCGCAUCGUGUGCGGUCAUCCUGAAGGCGGCGGCCUGCAGAUCAAAUCCCUCAACUGGUACGAAGACAGCAACUACAAGGCUCUGUUCGGAAACCACAACAGCAGCGAGGACGAACCCAUGUCUCUCUACGACAACUCGUCCACUCCGUACUGUAACAGUCUGGUGAAGAACAUGGACUCGAACCCGAUGUCCAGGAUGAUCUGGCAGGCGCUGAAACCGCUGCUGAUGGGAAAGAUCCUGUACACUCCUCACACCCCCGCUACUCAGAGGGUCAUCCACGAGGUGAACCGGACGUUCCAGGAGCUCGGUGUGUUCAGGGACCUGGGAGGAAUGUGGGAAGAGAUGAGACCCAAAGUGUGGAACUUCAUGGAGAACAGUGAGCAGAUGGACCUGAUCAGGACGCUGCUGAGGAACAACGUCACCGCCAAAGUCUUCCACGCUCAGCUGUCUGAAACCGACUGGACCGUAACCGACGUGUCCAUGUUCCUGUCCAAGCAGGCGGAGGACCACCGUCCGCCGGGCAGCGCUCUCACCUGGAGGGACGUGUUCAACGAGACCGACCAGGCCAUCAUGAGCAUCUCCCGCUUCAUGGAGUGUGUGAACCUGGACAAGCUGGAGCCGGUCUCCACCGAGGAGAAGCUGGUGAACGAGUCCAUGCUGCUGCUGGAGGACAGGAGGUUCUGGGCCGGCAUCGUGUUCCCCGAUGUCGCCGCCAACGCCACCGAGCUGCCGCACAAACUCAACUACAAGAUCCGCAUGGACAUCGACAACGUGGAGCGGACCAAUAAGAUCAAAGACGCGUACUGGGACCCAGGUCCUCGUGCUGACCCGUUUGAGGACAUGCGGUACAUCUGGGGCGGGUUCUCCUACCUGCAGGACGUUAUCGAGCAAGGCAUCAUCAGGGCGAUGACGGGCACCAAGGAGAAGACAGGCGUCUACAUCCAGCAGAUGCCGUACCCGUGUUACGUAGAUGACAUCUUCCUGCGGGUGAUGAGCCGCUCCAUGCCUCUCUUCAUGACUCUGGCCUGGAUGUACUCGGUGGCGAUCAUCCUGAAGAGCGUGGUGUACGAGAAGGAGGCUCGACUGAAGGAGACGAUGAGGAUCAUGGGUUUGGAUAACGGCAUCCUGUGGUUCAGCUGGUUCAUCAGCAGCCUGAUUCCUCUGCUGAUCAGCGCCGGGCUGCUGGUGCUGCUGCUCAAGAAAGGGAACCUGCUUCCAUACAGCGACCCCGGUGUGGUCUUCCUCUUCCUGGGAUCCUUCGCCGUGGUAACCAUCAUGCAGUGUUUCCUGCUCAGCACAGCGUUUGCGCGUGCUAACCUGGCGGCCGCCUGCGGAGGAAUCAUCUACUUCACGCUCUACCUGCCCUACGUGCUCUGCGUGGCCUGGCAGGACUACAUUGGCUACGGAGCCAAAGUCUUCGCUAGCCUCCUGUCUCCCGUGGCGUUCGGGUUCGGCUGCGAGUACUUCGCUCUGUUCGAGGAGCAAGGAGUCGGGAUCCAGUGGAAGAACCUGGUGUCGAGUCCGCUGGAGGAGGACGACUUCAGCCUCCGCUCCGCCAUCGUCAUGAUGUACAUCGACUCCUUCCUGUACGGCGUUCUCACCUGGUACAUCGAGGCCGUGUUCCCAGGGCAGUACGGGAUUCCUCGGCCGUGGUAUUUCCCCUUCAGCAAGUCCUACUGGCUCGGUCAGAAACACGCAACGUCCACCAAAGUCCCUCUGAAGCGGAAAGGAAACCAUGGAGCUGUGUGUAUAGAGGAGGAACCGGCUCACCUGGAGCCCGGCGUUUACAUCGAGAACCUGGUGAAGGUGUACCGCCACGGGAAGAAGCUGGCGGUGGACGGACUGACGCUCGGCUUCUACGAGGGACAGAUCACCUCCUUCCUGGGACACAACGGAGCCGGGAAGACCACGACCAUGUCCAUCCUGACCGGCCUGUUCCCGCCCACUUCGGGCACCGCCUACAUCCUGGGCAGAGACAUCCGGACGGAGCUGAGCGCCAUCCGCCAGAGUCUGGGAGUCUGUCCUCAGCACAACGUCCUCUUCAGCAUGCUGACAGUGGAGGAGCACAUCUGGUUCUACGCCCGGCUCAAAGGUCUGUCGGAGGAGCAGGUGAAAGGUGAGAUCGAGCAGAUCCUGAAGGACACCGGCCUGCCGCACAAACGCAACGCCAGGACCAGCACGCUAUCCGGCGGCAUGCAGAGGAAGCUGUCUGUGGCGCUGGCCUUCGUCGGAGGGUCAAAGGUCGUGAUCCUGGACGAGCCCACGGCCGGAGUCGACCCGUACGCUCGCAGAGGAAUCUGGGAUCUGCUGCUGAACUACAGACAGGAUCGGACCAUCAUCCUGUCCACGCACCACAUGGACGAAGCCGACAUCCUCGGCGACCGCAUCGCCAUCAUCUCCCACGGGAAGCUGUGCUGCGUGGGCUCGUCUCUGUACCUGAAGAACCAGCUGGGGACCGGCUACUACCUGACGCUGGUGAAGAAGGAGCCGGAGCCGUCGCUCAGCUCCCGCAGGAACUCCUCCAGCACCGUUUCCUUCACCAAGAAGGAGGAAUCCGCUUCGGUCAGCAGCAGCGACGCCGGACUCGGCAGCGAACAUGAAAGUGAGGCUGCCACCAUCGCGGCGGACGUGUCUCUGGUCUCCGGUCUGAUCCUGCGUCACGUCCCCGCCGCCCGUCUGGUGGAGGAUCAGGGACACGAGUUCACCUACGUCCUGCCGUACAGCGCCGCCAAGGACGGAGCCUUCGUCAAGCUCUUCAAAGACCUGGACAGCAAGCUGGCCGACCUCGGCAUCUCCAGCUACGGAGUGUCAGACACCACACUGGAGGAGAUUUUCCUGAAAGUGGCCGAAGAUAACGGAGUGGACACUGAAGUGCCUUCAGACGGUACACUUCCUGUCCGGCGGCGGAGGAGAACUCACGCCUUCGGAGGAGGAGACCAUCAGAGCUGCCUGAAACCUUUAACUGAGGACGACAACAACGACUGCAACGAAUCAGAAGGAGACCCAGAGUGCAGAGAGACGGACUGGCUCACCUGCUCUGAUGGGAAAGGAUCUUACCAGAUGAGCGGCUGGAGCCUGAAGAAGCAGCAGUUCAUCGCUCUCAUGUGGAAACGUUUCCUGUUCGCUCGGCGCUCCAGGAAGGGCUUCUUCGCUCAGAUCGUUCUUCCUGCCGUGUUCGUCUGCAUCGCUCUCGUCUUCAGUCUCAUCGUCCCUCCGUUUGGAAAGUACCCAAGUCUGGAGCUGCAGCCCUGGAUGUACGAGGACCAGGUCACCUUCAUCAGUGACGACGCUCCCGGAGACGCCAACAUGCAGAAGUUACUGAACGCUCUGCAGGACGCUCCGGGCUUCGGGACUCGCUGCAUGGACGGAUAUUCAAUACCAGAGGCUCCGUGUACGAUGGGCGACGAGGACUGGCUCACUCCGGAGGUCCCAGAGAGCGUCCAGCAGCUCUUCAGCUCCGGGAACUGGACCAUGGAGGAUCCGUCUCCUGCCUGCUCCUGCACCUGCGACGGGAAGAAGAGGAUGCUGCCGGAGUGUCCUCCAGGAGCCGGAGGACUGCCGCCGCUCGAGAUGAAGCUGAGCGCCACCGACUCGCUGCAGAACCUGACAGGAAGAAACAUCUCCGACUACCUGGUGAAGACCUACGCUCAGAUCAUCGGCAAGAGUUUGAAGAACAAAGUUUGGGUGAAUGAGUUCAGGUACGGAGGCUUCUCAUUGGGCGCCAGGAGCACUCAGGUCCUCCCACCGGCCAAUGAGAUCGAUGACGCCAUCAGACGAGUCCGAAAGAUCUUUGAACUAAAGAAGGUGAGUUUCUCCGCUGCAGAUCGAUUCCUCGACAGUCUGUCAGGUUUCAUCAACGGUUUGGACACAAAGAACAACGUGAAGAUCUGGUUCAACAACAAAGGCUGGCACAGCAUCGGCUCCUUCAUCAACGUGAUGAAUAACGGCAUCCUGAGAGCAAACCUGCCCGAAGGAGAAGAUCCCAGCAAGUACGGCAUCAGUGCCUUCAACCACCCGCUGAACCUCACCAAGGAGCAGCUGUCCCAGGUUGCACUGGUAACGACCUCUGUGGACGUGCUGGUGUCCAUCUGCGUCAUCUUCGCCAUGUCCUUCGUCCCGGCCAGCUUCGUGGUCUUCCUCAUCCAGGAGCGCGUCAACAAAGCCAAACACAUGCAGUUCAUCAGCGGAGUGCAGCCGCUGCUCUACUGGGUGGCCAACUUCAUCUGGGACAUGUGUAACUACAUCGUCCCGGCAACGCUGGUCGUCAUCAUCUUCAUCUGUUUUCAACAAAAAGCCUACGUCUCCUCCACCAACCUGCCGGUGCUCGCCCUGCUGCUGCUGCUCUACGGAUGGUCCAUCACGCCGCUCAUGUACCCGGCCUCCUUCUUCUUCACGAUCCCCAGCACGGCCUACGUCGUCCUCACCAGCGUCAACAUCCUCAUCGGCAUCAACGGCAGCAUCUCCACCUUCGUCAUGGAGCUGUUCGGAAACAACGAGAUCGGAGGAAUCAAUGACAUCCUGAAGAACGUCCUCCUCAUCUUCCCUCACUUUUGUCUCGGUCGAGGUCUCAUCGACAUGGUGAAGAACCAGGCGAUGGCCGACGCCCUCGAGAGAUUCGGUGAGAACCGGUUCCGCUCUCCUCUGGAGUGGGACAUGGUGGGAAAGAACCUGUUCGCCAUGGCUGUGGAGGGAGCGGUGUUCUUCAUCAUCACCAUCCUCAUCCAGUACAGAUUCUGCAUUAAACCCAGCACACUCACCAAACUGGGUCCUCUUGGCGAGGAGGACGAGGACGUUGCCCGAGAGAGACAGAGGAUCGUCCACGGCCUCGGACACGGAGACAUCCUGGAGCUCCGCCAGCUCACCAAGGUGUUUAAGAGGAAGCAGAAGCCGGCGGUGGAUCGACUGUGUGUCGGGAUUCCUCCUGGAGAGUGCUUCGGGCUGCUCGGGGUUAACGGAGCAGGAAAGACGACGACCUUUAAGAUGUUGACCGGAGACACGUUGGUGACGAGUGGAGAAGCUUUCCUGGCAGGGAAGAGCAUCCUGCGUGAGAUCGAUGCCGUGCAUCAGCAGAUGGGUUACUGUCCUCAGUUUGAUGCCAUCAACGAGCUGCUGACAGGAAGAGAACAUCUGGAGCUGUACGCCGUCCUGAGAGGAGUUCCUGAGGGGGAAGUGUGCGACGUGGCAGAGUGGGGGAUCAGGAAGUUGGGUCUGGUGAAGUACGCCGAUAAAGCAGCAGGAAGUUACAGCGGAGGAAACAUGAGGAAGCUGUCCACCGCCAUGGCUCUGAUCGGAGCGCCGCCCGUCGUCUUCCUGGACGAACCCACGACUGGCAUGGACCCCAAAGCCCGCAGAGCCCUCUGGAACUGCAUCCACAGCGUCAUCAAGGAGGGACGCUCGGUCGUCCUCACCUCACACAGUAUGGAGGAGUGUGAGGCUCUGUGUACCAGGAUGGCGAUCAUGGUGAACGGACGGUUCAGAUGUUUGGGCAGCGUUCAACACCUGAAGAACAGGUUUGGGGACGGGUACACCAUCAUCCUGAGGGUAGCGGGUCCGGACCCAGACCUGCUUCCUGUCAUGAAGUUCAUAGAGAGCGAGCUGAGCGGCAGCACGCUGAAGGAGAAGCAUCGCAACAUGCUGCAGUACCAGCUGCCUUCAUCUCUCACCUCACUCGCUCACAUCUUCUCCAUCCUCUCCAAGAACAAAGAAACACUCAGGAUAGAAGAUUACUCUGUGACCCAGACCACACUGGACCAGGUGUUUGUGAACUUCGCUAAGGACCAGAGUGACGACUAUCACCUCAAAGACGCGUCCGUGAGGAGGAAAGAUGUUUCCAUCGAGGUUCCGGCGCUGAGCUCGGGUCAGGCUGCGUGCAGAGAGAGCGUCAUGUGAUCAUGUGACUCACCGUGGCGAGCGGUGUCAGCUGACGCCUGAUGCCAGUCAAUGCAAACGAUUUCCUGUGGAGGCGCCGCACUGCUCGCCAGCUGCCCCCCCCCACACUGACUGUUCAAAACUUGAAUAA